CUUCAGAAGUUCUCCACGUGAUUCUGGAAGAUCUGAAUGACAUGGAGAAAAGCCCAAACUGCCCACUGAAGGAGGUGCGUAUCCUGGUGGUGUCUCAUUGUGUGCUGAGACGUAUGUUCCCGUUGUGGGGCUACCGCUUCGUGACGCUGCCCCUCAGCCUCCAGGACCCCAACCCACAGACCCAGCCCGUGGAGACCCUAGUCCCAGACAGCCUGGCCAUGAUCUACAAGAUGUGUGUGUGUCUACUCAAACACAGGGAUAGCGGUUCAGGCCAGGAAGAUCAGGAGCAGGCGCUUCGGUUAGAGGAGGAUACAGUCAUCUACCUCUGUCAGAGUGCAGUGCUGCACUCCCCAUCCACCUUCCUACAAACCUACACCAAGGCUACCAACAUCCUCAUGGAUUCCGGUAAUUGCUUUGUGUGCGUUUUAUCUAGGGCUAGAUCCGAAUUAUAGCGCGAUUGAAAUGUAAAGGUAAUUGCCGAUUGAGCUGACAUAUGCAGUAUUUACCGUAAAUGCAGUCUCCUCAAAUGCAGGAACAUUGCCUUUAAAUGUAAAUCACACUAGUGCAGGGCUUCCGCGAUCCGGAUUGAAUGUAGACCUGUCUGGAAUCAAAAUCAUCAAAAUAAAUGUUAUAUUAUUUUAGAAAUCGUGUGGCCGACACACCGCAGACUUUACUGGUAGCAGGAGAAUGAAGAAAUGACUACUAGACAAUCGUCCUCCAUCAGUAACACUAAAUAAAGCAU